CAUCAUUUACCUCAAAUAGCCUGCUUGGAUUUUUGCUGCUUGCUUCUCUGAGCUUGUUAUUAAACCCCCAAGACCAUGCAGAUAUUGAAUGGAAAUUUGCACGGACGAAGCUCUGGAUGAGUUACUUUGAUGAAGGUGCCACUCUCCCCCCUCCUUUUAACAUUGUCCCAAGUCCCAAGUCUGUCUGGUACCUUUGCAAGUGGAUUCACAAUCAGCUGUGCCCAGGCAACGACUCUGACAAUGAACAGAAGAGACAUGAAAACCUCAAAACAUUCACAGAGCGGCACGCUGACAACCUGAUCCAGAAUCAACAUUACCAGGAAGUGAUAAGAAAUCUAGUGAAAAGAUACGUUGCAGCAAUGAUAAGAACCUCCAAAACCAACGAAGGUUUAACGGAAGAAAAUUUCAAGGAAUUAAAACAGGACAUCUCAAGCUUUCGUUAUGAAGUUCUUGACCUCUUAGGAAACAGGAAGCCCCAGAGAAGAAGUUAUUCUACCAGCAGCACAGAGGUGUCCCAGAAGGAUGAAACAAAUGAGGAUGGUGCUGGAGAAAAAUCCAAAGCCAAGAGUGUGUCUUUCAAUAUAGCCAACAAAAAGAAGGAUUUCAAUGUAUCUGCUCUAAUUAAAACUAUGUCUGGGAUGAAUAUGGUGGAAGAGAAGCCAAAAAGCAAUGGGAUCAGUAAGCGCUCCUUUGUCCGAAAUGGAAACAGAGUUCAGAGACUUUCCAGCUCUAAGAAGGAGUCCUUUAAGAGACUGGGCCUGCUUUUCUCCAAGAUGAAUGGACACGUACCUGAACCAAAUUCAGAACCCAUGUACACUAUUUCAGAUGGAAUUAUUCAGCCACACUACAUGUGGAAAGACAUUAAAUAUUCUCAGAUUGAUAAAGAAAGAGAAGAGAAUUGUUCCAAAAGUGAAAUUAACCUCAGUGAGGUGGACUACAGUGGGAACAGAAGACUUACAGGACAGAGCAAGGAGUGCCCUAUGGUUUGUACCAGCUCCCUUCACUGUGCUUCCAGUAUUUGUUCCUCUAAUUCCAAACUUAUAGACUCCUCAGAGGAUGUGUUUGAUUCAUGGGGAGAGGCUUGUGACUUGUUUAUAAAUCAGUGGAAAGAUGGGCAGGAGGAUCAUGUUACAACUCGGCUAUAAGUAAAGCGUCUUGAUACCUGCUGGAAAACGUAGCCAGUUAUUUGUAAUUGUUUGCUCUCAUCUGGUUCAGCAUUACUAUUUCCUUUCUGUC